AUGCCUAGUGUGACUACAACAAGUACUGUCAGUUCAUCAGGAGUUCGUUUAAUGCGUAAAACUUCAUGUACUGGUACCAACGAUCAAGCUAAUAAUUCUUCGUUUCAACACAAUCCUGACAGAAAAUCACUAAGAGAUCAACCAAAUGUAGGGAAAUAUAAGUUAAUUCGUACACUUGGUCGUGGUAAUUUUGCAAAAGUCAAAUUAGCACAACAUGUUUCAACUGGACGUGAAGUUGCUGUGAAAGUGAUCGAUAAAACUCAGCUUAAUCAGGCCAGUUUGAAAAAACUAUUCCGAGAAGUGAAUAUUAUGAAAAUGUUAAAUCAUCCAAACAUCGUUCGCUUAUAUGAAGUGAUCGAAUCUGAGCGUCAUGUAUAUCUAGUGAUGGAAUAUGCAGAAAAUGGCGAAGUAUUUGAUCACUUAGUAGCUCAUGGUCGAAUGAAAGAACGUGAAGCACGUGCUGCAUUUCGUCAAAUUGUUUCAGCAGUUGAAUAUUGUCACCAAAAGAAAAUUGUACACAGAGAUUUAAAGGCUGAGAAUCUUCUCUUCGAUGGAUAUUUUAAUAUUAAACUUGCUGAUUUUGGUUUCUCCAAUCUUUUUGAUGGAUCUAAAAAAUUAGAUACUUUUUGUGGUAGUCCACCAUAUGCUGCACCGGAAUUAUUUCAAGGACGUAAAUAUGAUGGUCCAGAAGUGGAUGUAUGGUCAUUAGGUGUAAUUUUAUAUACACUUGUCAGUGGAUCAUUACCAUUUGAUGCACAACAUUUAAAAGAUUUACAAGAACGUGUAUUACGUGGCAAAUAUCGUGUUCCAUUCUAUAUGUCAACUGAUUGUGAAGCAUUACUUCGUAAACUAUUGGUAUUGAAUCCAGCCAAAAGAGUCACAUUAAGGAAUGUCAUGUCUGAUAAAUGGUUGAAUAUUGGCUAUGAAGAUAAUAUUUUAAAACCAUAUACUGAACCACCUCCGGAUUAUAAUGAUACAGAGAGAUUAGAAAUUAUGCGUAUUAUGGGUUAUCGACCGGAUGAUGUUCGUGAAGCUUUAAUCAAACAAAGUUUUAAUAAUGUCACUGCAAUUUAUCUAUUAUUAGCUGAUCCAAAAACAAGAUUAACUUUACCAGCUGGUAGUCUUUUUCCAUCUAAUCAAUCACAAUCAUUACAUGGGAAUACAGGACUUAAUCAUCAUCAUCGCCAAUCAUCUUGUUCCGAAGGUAUUACAAUUGCAGCCUCGUCUACUCCUGCUACUGUUACAGAAGAUGAAACUACUACAUCAUCGAAAGGUCAAUCUUCUUUAGACAAUCCCAAUGGGAAUAAUAACAGUAAUAAUAAACAGAAAACUAAUCAAAAUGGAUUAACAUACCAGAAUAAAAAAGAAUCUGGACAAGACGAUAGUGGAUCUCAAUAUAAUGGAGUGCGACGGAUCAGUGGUAUCUCUUGGAUGAAACAAAGUGCAAGUGCUGGUCCAACAGCGAAUAGGCAAGAGAAACCUAGUGUAGAUGAAAAAUCUCAUCUGCUUCCACGUAUUCGUGUAUCUGACCUACGCGAACGUGCUAAUGACUCUAAUCUGGAUGAUUCUUCUGGUCAAGAGAAAAUCGAUGAAAGUAAAGAUAUAAUGAUCGAAUCCUCUAGUGGUGGUGAUCAGUUAUCUGUACGACGUAUGAAUACUUUUAGUAUGUCAGAUAAGGUUCGCCCGAAUGGUUCAGAUUCCCAGUCACCUGGUUUGAAAUGUCCAUUGUCUAGAGCACCACCAAUGUCAAAUAUACCAAACUCACUAACUACUCCAACAACUAGUAGUAGUGAAAAUUCACCGAUCAAACAGUCAGCUGACAAGUCUUCUUCGUCAGCAUCAUCUUCAUCAUCGUCACCUAGUAAGCAGAAUGGUAAUGAACAACAAACAAUUAAAUUAAAUCCAGCUGUUCCAUAUUCAGAAGAGAAUCCCUUCAUCGGAUGGUUACGAAGAACACUUCCGUAUCGAAAAAAGCAUAAAGAUACUUCAAUUCAUUCCAAGCCUAAAACAACAACUUUACCCAUUACAACCAAUAAUAAUAAUAAUACUAUUAAUAGUAGUAGUAAAGUUCCUUCGAAUGAUACUAAUUCUAUCAUUGAUAUUUUACAUACGAAUGAUCGACAAAAACAUCAACAAAGUGAUAUAAAUCGUCCAAGUAUUCCUUAUUCUUUAUUUAAUAUUAAUAAAACUAAAAAAUCGAAAAAAUUAUCAACAAAUCAAUCUGAUGAUCAUCAGAAGAAGAAUAAUUUGAAUACAAAAAUACCUGAAUCAUUCACUUUCACUGAUAGUCAUUCUUCAACAAUGGAUCCAACAUCUUCAUCGGGUACAAUGAAUUCUGCGAAAAUUACACAACAACAACAACAACAACAACAAAAUAAUAAUAAACAAUCUUCAUCACCUAGUGGUCGAAUUACAUUGCCUGAUUCAAUUUUCAAGGCACUUGAUACAUUGAACACAGAUGAGAAGACGAUUAAUGAUGAUAGGAAAAAAUCUGAUUCAAAAUCACACGGUUUUAAAUUACCCACAACAACAGCAUCGUUAAAAAGAGAUUCAAUUAUUAAAUGGUCAGUACGUCAUCGACCAAACAAUACUAUGAUGACUACAACUAAUAAUAUUCCAUCUGUUGCUGAGUCGAAACAGGUGACAACAUGCAAGAAAAAUAUGGAUCCAAAUCAAAAUAUCAAUUGUUCCACGGAAUUAAAGAAUUAUUCAGAUUCUUCAAUGACUUUAGAAACUCCGUCAACUACAGUUUCAAAAAAUGGAUCAUCUAGUCAUUCUCGACCAGGACGAUUCUUCCGUAGUCUAACAUUAAGGAUAGCUCGAAGUUUUCGAUGUGGUCGUUUUAAGUCAGGUCAUACAAAUCAUCAUAAUAAUCGAAUUAUUUCUAGUAUACAAAAAUCCAAUCAUAAAUAUACUAAUAACACUAACUUUAAACCACAUAGAAUGAGUUUAUUGAAACCAAAUAAUAAUGAAGCUGAAUUAACUGAAGAAUUUAAUUCAUCUAAUCGAUUACAUUGUUCUUCAUUAACUCAUUCUACAUCAUCAUCACCAACAAAAACAUCUAGUCAUCCAUCUACAACACAACAACAACAACAUCAUCAUCAUCAUGAUAAUGAUGAAGUGAAUUGUGAUGAUGAUGACGAUACGAUGAAAUGUCUUGUGUCAAUUAAUCCAGAUCCAUGGAUAACUAUGGAACCUGGAAAACAACAACGUAAGGAUUUGAUAUCAAAAUGCAAACGAUCAUUAUCCAGUGAAUUAGAUACUAAUAAAUUAAAACAACACCCUAAUCCUCUUCAUUAUUAUCCGUAUCAUCAUGGAACUGAGUUUCCUACCAAUAAUAACACAUCGGCUAAUAAUCAGUCUAUCGCCGCUGGUUGUGGCGGCGGCGGUGGUGGUUAUCAAAAAAAGACCGGAGUCGAACCGUGUUGCCUCGACCCUCCAACGUCGAAAACUGUGGUCAUAACUUCCGACAUGCAUAAAUUGAAAGCUUCAACUAUCACAACUCCAUCAUGUACAAUAUCAUUAUCACCAUCAUCCUCAUCAAUAACAACAACAACAACCUCAUCUCCACUGACAGUUACAACGAGAAUAAUAAAUUGGAAAACAACUACCUCAUCAUCACAAUUUAAAUCAUCUGAUGAACAUCAAUAUGAUCAUCAUACUUUUUAUUAUGGAAAAAAUGAAAAUCAAAAAUUAUGGAAACCACGUCGUUUACAUUUUGUAUUACGUCUCCCUAUUAUUGGAACUGAUCCACAUGUUUUAUUAAUACAAAUCAUUGAAUUAAUAAAACGUUAUCAAUGUUCUUAUGAAUUUCUUAGUUCAUAUCGUAUACGUUGUACAAAAUUAAUGAAUCCGUCUUCUCAUCAAUCCUCUCCUUGUUCAAAUAAUAAUAAUAACACUAUUGAUGAUGUUGACCAACAACUAGAACACUGUACACUAACAACAUCACCUCAACAACACCAUCCCCAGCGACAACAACAACAACAACAGCCUCAAUUGUCUUAUCUCAUUCAUUUAAAACAUAAAACUAAUUUAAUCAUAUGGGAUAUGGAAAUAUUUCAAUUAGCUAAACCAAUUAAUUAUGGUGUAAGAUUUAAACGCAUUUCAGGCAAUCGUAAUGCAUUCAAUAUUAUUAUGAAAUAUUUUAUUUUACAUACUACUAAUAUAA